AUAUUUCCUCCAAGUUUCUUUAACUCAAUGGAGCACCUUCCUAUCCAUUUACCUUACGAGGCAAAAGUUGGAGGGCCCGUUCAAUAUAGGUGGAUGUAUCCUUUUGAGAGGUUUUUAUACCACCUGAAGAAAAAGGUGGGAAACAAAGCUCGAGUUGAGGCUUCAAUCUGUAAUGCCUACUUAACAGAGGAGAUUUCAACCUUUUGCUCCCAUUAUUUUGAGGAUCACGUUAACACAAAAGUGGGUAUUUUAGGAUUGAAUCUUAAAGCCGUUGAAGAGCCAAUUGACAAAAAUCUACCAGAGGUUUUCUAUUGUAAUACUGGUUACAGUCCAACUCAAGGGCAAUUAGCUUAUCUUAGUGACAAGGACUACAAUGUUGCCCAUCGCUAUGUGCUUGGUAAUUGUGAGCUGCUAUCUGAUUUUGAACGUUUGUUCGAAGAGCAUGUGAUGAAAACUUAUGGUUGCUUAUGUGUAGAAGAUGUUUGGACCAAUUAUGAUCAACAUUUUUCAAAUUGGUUUAGAGAACAUGUUUUGGAUAAGAACAUAAAUGAGGACAUCAUUUAUUCUUUAGCAAUUGGUCCAUCGACAAGGAUGUCGUAUAGACGUAGAGGUGGCCUGAAUGGGAGAGGUGCGAUCAUUCGAUCUCCAGGCUAUCGAAAUAGUCCUCGCAUUACCAGUGAAGCGAUGAUUCAUGAGAUACCUUCUAAAGCUGCACCCCAUAUAACUCCAAGUACCCUGCCCCACACAACACUGAGUACACCAAAUCAAAUGCCUAACGUCCAAGCUGCCCCACAAACACCUGUGACCAAUGUAGCAACAACAAUUUCACACCAAGAUGAGGUGCCUAAUUCUACAACUGAAGCAACAGUUCACCAGGAGCCCCAAACAACCCAAGUUGAUUCAAUGCCUAAUACAAGUGUAUCUGAUGAGACUGGUAACCCUGAAAAAAUUGAUUCAGUCCUGCAUCCUAAUGGUUUAUGGUUUGCCCAUCGUGAGGUGACUGAUAUUGUUUCCAAGACAUCAUAUAAGGCGUGCUUUAAGGGACCAUAUUGCAAUUGGGCUAUGACUCCAUUAGAAGCUCGACGGAGAUGGUGGAAUGCUUUCAAGCAAGAGUUCUCAUGGGACCCAUCAAUAGCUAAGGAAGUUAAGAAGGGUUGGAAAUCAAAAUGUAGUAGGCGUAUUAGUGAUAUGGUGUCGAAGGUUUGCACGGAUCCUAAGUAUAAUGCUGUCUGGUGCCCUCCUACCAUAAGGGAGGAGAUGAUUCAAAUUAGAAAAAGAAAGGAAUUCCAAGAAAAAUCAAAGCAAUGCUCAAAAAACCGAAUGGGCAAUGGAACCCAAAAAAUUCACCAUCGACAAGGGUCUAUAUCUACUGAAGAAGUGCGGCUGAAAUUGGAAAAAAAAUUGGGACGAAAACCAACAGCUGCUGAACUUUACUUCGAGUGCCAUGCAGAUAGUGGUGGUCGAUUUGUUAAUUCUAAGGCAGAAACAGUGUGGAAUGACUAUAAUAGUAAAAAAGCUGCAAAUCUUGAAUGUGAGACCGAGAAUCAAAAAACUGAAGAUGAGUUGUUCCUUGAGGCUGCUGGUGGGUGGAAUGACAAGGGAAGAUUAUUUGGUUUGGGAGCUGCUGCUUACUCAUAUUAUGAGAAACCAGUAACCGAAGAGAAGAGGGCAAAGAAAUCAAGAAGAGAGUAUGCAAUGGAGCUAGAAAACAAAUUUAUUGAUCUCGUUACGGAGAAUGUGGAACAACAGAAAGAGCUUAAUGCAACAAAAGAGAGCCUUGUCGAAACCCAAAAAAGUCUUGCCGAAACUCAAAACACUGUGAAGGCCCUUGAACAACAAGUGCAAAUGCUUCUCCAAUCUAAGAAAAUCUCAAACUCUGCAACAUCUACAUCCUCUCCUACUGAUGCAUGAUCAUCAAGUGCAAAUAACAAGGAUCCUUUUUAUAUAUUGCAUGUAAAGUCUCUAAUUAUUACAAUUGACAUGCUUCUAAUAUAGGUCUUAGUCUCAUGGUAGCAUAUUUUGGACCAAGUAUAUAGCAUUAGGUAUUAACUAAGUCUAAAAGGCUGCUUUUGUAUAUUUUGCUACUAACUCUAGCUUACAUGUUCCCUUGUAAGUUACACUGUGAACUUUGCCCUUAUGAUUUAAUGUAUUAAAUUUGGUUUAAAUUUGUCUUUCUUUUCUUUCAAAAAAAAAAAU